AUGGAGGGAGCGCCGUUGUCACUGGCCCACACCCAUGCGCGGAACGCCGUUCUAGAAACUCGAAAGGCCAACCCAGUGGCAGCUAGCGAGGAACACGACCUAGCAGCCGGUGAGUUUGCAACGGCCGCCCAGCAGAGCUCUGACCAAGAGGCCCUACGGACGUUACGCCUACUCGAGACACACCACAAGAAGCUAGCGGAGAUACUCAGAUUCCAGCAUGAACACCCAGCACCCAUCCCCAGUGAAACGUCAUCUGCAAACCUUGCGAUCCAAUCAACGGCAGGCGAUGUCGGAAGCACGAAGAACACAGCAUCGAUUCAAGAUGCUCACCAGCCACCACGAUUGACAGGAAAUACUCGCGUGUCGGGUCGGGACACCACCUCAAUCGCCAGCAACCUGGCUUCCGCGAGAGGAAUUCCAGCUGCCCACCCUCGCCGUGGGUCUCCGGUGUCGCCCACAAUCUCGUCACACCAUGCUGCUGCAAAGAUGACUGAGCAUCCGAAGGCGAAGAGUGGCGAUAGCAGGAUGAGCGAUGCCCAAAAGAGAAAUCGUCAGAGCCGCGUGUCCACCGCCAGACAACCAUGGUCUCCCCCUACGCCUGCUUCCCCCGAAGUCACAAGUCGACAAGUGGCGCCGACUGCAGCGGAGUCCGCAGCAGCCAAAGACAGCGCGGCUUCAGAUGAUGCAUUCAACCGGUUUUAUUCAGCCUUUGGAGGUCUUGUUUCUAAAGUAUCGGGACCUCUCGCGUUCGCGGGAAUCCAAGUAGGAAUGAUCGACCCACGUGAACAGAACCGCAAAUCGUCAGCAGAAGUGAAGGUCGACCGCGACCACGCUACCCUCGAGCGAUCGAUGACCGCAGGGGAGCCGGAUGUGACCAAACUUUUCUCCCGGGCGGCCUUGCGGUCUGUUCAGAACGGCCCGGGGACAGGUCCUGGAAACCCGGCAGAGUCAUUCUAUGUAGUUCCAACCACCGGCGGGACCAUGUCCUAUGCUGGCAUUCUCUCCCGGGCUGAGAAGCAAGCCCGUAGAAACAGUCUUGAGGAAGGUGAUGAGGACUUUGUGGAUGCGAGGGAGACACCCUCUUCGCCUGAAAUGCGCCACAGUGCGAGUGGCUCGCGCAUAUGGGCUGGUCGCCGCGCUCCUUCUGAUAAGCUUACCACAAUCCAGAAUCCAAAAACAUUCGAGGAAAUGCAAAUGGAGAACGAAGCGUUGCGAAGUUUGACGGAUAAUCUCUCGACGCGGCUUCACAUGUGGGAGGUGAAUGCCCAAUCUUCAUCCAUGGCCCUGCAACAGUCGAUUCGAAUGAUGCACCAUCAGAACUCUGGGCCUCCAAUUCCGGAGUACUUACAAGGUGUCUCGACUAAUACGUCUCCGGUGGCUACGAUGACUGCGCCAGUGGUUGAUCAUGAUGCUCGAAUCAAAGAGCUCGAGGAUCAGAUCCGACGAAGUGAGCAGAAACUUGAUAGUGCUUCUCAUGAAAACGAAAAGCUCAAGAACAUUCUCGGGCGUUACCGUGACCGUUGGGAGAAAUUGAAGGAGGGAGCCAAAACUCGACGAGCAGAAGGUCGUGAUAGCCAAAACAAUCAACCUGGGGCCAGUGCACAGCCAGGGACUCCUAGCUCUCCAGUUCCACCAAGCCCUUCUUUGGCCCAACCGGCAUCUUGA